GUCUGGUAAUUUUAAACCAUAGAUUUAUUUAUAUAGAUUUGCAGUUUAAAAUCACCCGAUACAUUUUUAUCGAAUGUAGCAUCUCAUAAGCUUUGAAUUACAAUAUAUCACCAAAUACUAGAACAAAAACAAGAAAAAGAGAGGUAGCUAGCCUAUUCUCUUUCACCGAUCCAAGAAACAUGAAGAAUUUACCAAUCCAAUCCAAGAACACAUGAAUUUUUUUAUUAGUUUUUCCAACUAUAAAAAUGGCUGCCAAAUAAUUCAUUCAUUCACCAUCACAGAACUGUUUCCACUUAUAUUUUUUAGAUAAACAUUUACAUAUGUACAUAUAUAUAUAUAUAGAAGAUGAAAAUUUCCAACAAGAACAAAAUGAUGGCCACAGUUUGUCUAUUAGUUCUCAUUGCAACGUGCACACGCGCAGAGGUACACGUGCAAGUGAAGAACGAGCUGAAAAAUGGGGUCCGCAUGAACGUCCACUGCCGCUCGAGGGAUGACGACCUCGGCCUCCACACCGUGGACCCCGGCGAUGCCAUGAAGUGGGAUUUCACGCCCAACUUUUGGGGCACCACUUUGUUCUAUUGCGACGUGCAGUGGAGUGAAGAUCACUCCAUUUGGUACCAUUUUGAUGCGUACAAUGACGAUAGAGACUAUCGCAGGUGCCAUUUUACAUGUCGAUGGAUGAUUUCUGGGAAUGGAACGUUGUACGGGUACGACGAUGUAUCGGGCUACUGGAGUUGGUACCCUCUGAUUGUUAUUAAAUCAUGAAUUUUCGCAUCAACGUGCAACAAUUAGUGUUUAUAUUUGAGAACCAGAUUUUUAUCGAAUAGUAUUACGGUCAAUUUUGGUGUCGUAUAGACAAUUAUAAAUACAUAUUCAGGUGAACUUCAUUUGUUGUAACAUAGAACAUAAACCGUCAAAUUUCGUACAAUAAAGUAUGAAUAUGUCACA